AUGAAGAGGUGGCCUAUCUAUCAACUAGAUGUUAACAAUGCUUUUUUGCAUGGAGAUUCUGAAGAUGUAUACAUGACUUUGCCUCCUGGAAUCAGUUUUAGUCAUCCAAAUCAGUGUUGUAAACUGCUGAAAUCACUGUACGAUUUGCGCCAAUCAAGUCGUAUGUGGUAUGAAAAACUAUCCAAACUUUUAAUUUCUUGUGGGUAUCAGCAGACUCUAUCUAAUUAUAGUCUUUUUGUCAAAUUUAUUGGUGCUGAAGUUUCCGUCUUAUUGGUGUAUGUUAAUGAUAUUGUUCUCACUGGCAAUUCUAUUUCUGAGAUGGCUACCAUUAAAUCUAUUUUAAAUCAGCAUUUCAAAAUCAAAGAUUUGGGUACCCUUAAAUACUUUUUGGGUAUUGAAGUUGCUCAUUCUGCUCAAGAAAUUUCUUUAUCUCAAAGAAAGUAUUGUGUUGAUUUAUUGGAAGAUUCUGGCUUGUUGGGUGCUAAACCAGCAUCUGUUUCCAUGGACAGUUCUACAAAGCUACAUCUGAUUUAUGGUCGUCUUGUUGGCCGCCUCCUCUACCUUACUACUACCCGGCCUGACAUUACAUAUGCUACACAGCAGCUUAGCCAAUUCAUGGUUUCUCCUACUGAAUCCCAUUUUUGUGCAGCAAAUCGAGUUUUGAGAUACUUGAAGUCUAACCCAGGCAGAGGUCUUUUCUUUUCCCGUGACUCUUCUGUUAAUAUAUGUGGAUUCAGCGAUUCUGAUAGGGCGGGUUGUCCAGAUACUCGUCGUUCUUUAACUGGUUAUUGUUUCUUUUUGGGAAAAUCUCUGAUCUCUUGGAAAAUAAAGAAGCAAUCCACUGUUGCCAUGUCUUCAACAGAAGCAGAAUAUAAGGCUCUUGCAAACAGCACCUAUGAGCUCCAAUGGUUGAUCAAUAUGCUGCAUUUUCUUCAAAUUCCAACUGAUCGCACUCCUAUUUUUUUUUGUGAUAAUCAGAGUGCUCUACACAUUGCAGCAAAUCCUAUUUUUCAUGAGCGAAUUAAACACUUGGAAGUUGAUUGUCAUGUGGUCCGUCAAAAGGCUCAAGCUGGAAUGAUGAAACUUCUUCCUAUCUUUACUAAGCCAUUGUCCCCUCAUCUCUUUCAUCUUAAUCUAUCAAAACUAGGAGUUCUUGAUAUUUUUCAUCCUCCAGCUUGUGGGGCGUAUUAG